UGAAUGAGUUACCAAUACCACAAACUUCCAUUAUGGAAAAAGAAAAUUUAAAGACAACAAAAGAAAAAACAAACUCACAGUUAAGUUAUAAUGAUCUUUCAAAUGAUUCACAAAAUGGUGAUAUUGAAAAUGAUUCAAAUUUUAAACACUCGAUAUCCCAAAAUAAUAAUCAGUCAUUAAAUGAAAAAUUCACGGAGAAAUGGGAAGAUUUCACAAACUCAAUGAAUAAACUUGGUGAAUUACUACAACAAGAUGUAUCUGAAACUACAAUAAAAUAUUUAUCAGUUCUUACUAAAAAAAUUAAAAACAUUGAUACAACGUCUCAAGCUGAAGAUUUUGUGAUAAAUAAUUCUUCAAGUUCUAAACGAGGGAGAAAUAUUCGAGUACAACCAACAUCUGUGGCUAGAAGAAGAGGAACAUAUAAAGGUAAUCAUCGGCUUGGUGCAGGUAGACCACCAACAGAAAAGAGUACUGCAGGAAGAAAUUCUCUUUUAAAUAAAAAUAAAAUAAAAGUAGUCAAACGUAAACAUAAUUUAGUACAAAGUAUGAAUAAUAAUCAAGCAAAUGCUAAAUCUCAUUAGACAAACAAAUUUUAUAAAUAUUCAAAGUAUAUUUCAGUUUCAUGUUUAGCCACUUAUAGUUUUU